AUGAAGGUACUCUUCUGCGUAUUGGGGCUCUUUGCCCUGGCUUCGGCCCGACCUGAGAUCGACGAUACCACGAUCGUCAAUUGGGAUGUCAAACAAAGGCAAAUGUUCAUUCUGAAGCUUCUGAACAACAUCUUACAACCAUGCAUGUACAAGGAUAUCGAAGAUCUUGGCAAGAACUUCAAGAUUGAAGAGAAUGUCCAGCUUUACGUUAAACAAGAUGUCGUCAAGACCUUCAUCGGCUUGUUGAAAGAGGGUUUCCUACCUCGCGGUGAGGUGUUCACCCUACACAUCGACAGACAAAUGAAGGAGGUGGUCACACUCUUCCAUAUGCUGUACUACGCUAAGGAUUUCGCCACCUUCAUCAAGACCGCCUGCUGGAUGCGCCUUUACGUCAACGAGGGUAUGUUCGUCUACGCCCUUACAGUGGCCGUCCGCCACCGUGACGACUGCAGGGGCAUUAUCCUCCCACCCCCUUACGAAAUCUACCCCUACUAUUUCGUCCGCGGUGACGUCAUCCAGAAAGCGUACUGGCUCAAGAUGAAGAAGGGUCUCCUCGACCACAAACUGUGUGACUUCUACGGAAUCAAGAAAACCGACAAAGACGUAUACAUAAUCGAUGAGAACGUAUUCGACAAGAGAGUUUGGCUGAACGAUGAAGACAGGCUGAGGUACUUCACGGAGGAUAUUGAUCUGAACACGUACUACUACUACUUCCACGUUGACUAUCCAUUCUGGAUGAAGGAUGAUGUUACCACGAAAUUCACCGACAGACGCUGGGAGAUGACAUUAUACGUGUACCAACAGAUCCUAGCCCGAUACUACCUUGAACGUUUGUCUAACGGUAUGGGUGACAUCAAAAUGCUGUCCUGGCACAAGCCAAUCAGAAAGGGAUACUGGCCUUGGCUGAAACUCCACAACGGUCUCGAGCUCCCUGUGAGGUUCAACGACCAUAUCCUAGUCAAGGACAAGAGUGUUGAAAUUGUGAAACUUAUCCAAGAUUACGAGAAAAUCAUUAAUGACGCCAUCAUCAAGGGCUUCGUUGAGAUCAACGGUAAACGAUUUGAAUUGACUGAGCCAAAACACGUUGAAAACUUGGGCAAACUUAUCUACGGUGCCGUUUACAAGACUGACUUAGACCGCACCCGCGUUGAAGCUUACCGCUACAUGCUUAUCCUGAUGAAGGCAGUUGUUGGUCUCAACACAUUAGAAUCAGACAAGUGGUUCGUGACUCCAUCAGUCCUCGACUCCUACCAAACAGCCCUUCGGGACCCAGUCUUCUACAAGUUGCAAAAACGUCUCUGCUCUCUGUUCAUGCUCUUCAAAAUGCGCCUCCCUAGCUACACUCACGAGGACCUUUACUUCCCUGGAGUGAAGAUCGACAACAUCGUCGUAGACAAGCUCGUCACCUACUUCGAUGAUUACCUAAUGGACAUCACCAAUGCUGUCACAUUCACAGAUGAUGAAUUAAAGAAGACCAAAUCUGACAUGACCUUCCUCGUUCGUAAACGCCGUCUGAAUCACCGUGAAUUCAAGGUGACUUUCGACAUUAUGUCCGACAAGGCUGUAGACUGCGUCGUAAGAGUAUUUUUGGGACCUAAAGAAGACCAUCUCGGCCGUCUCAUUGACAUCAACAAGAACCGUGUCAACUUCGUCGAAUUAGACACCUUCCUCUACAAACUGACCACUGGAAAGAACACCAUUGUCAGAAACUCAUAUGAUAUGCACAACUUAGUACGCGACCGCGUCAUGAUGACCGACUUCUUUAAGAAGAUUGACACCAUCACUGAUAUCAAGGACCUCUGGGUCAAGGACUUCAAGAACUACCACACCGGAUUCCCCACAAGGUUAGUCCUCCCCAAGGGUACCGUCGGUGGUAUGAAAUUCUUGCUGUACGUGAUCGUCACACCGUUGAAGCUCGUGGACAACAUGGACAUGUCUAUGCUUGACACCAAGGGCAAGGACCACUUAAUCGACUUCAGAUCCACUGUCUUGCUGGACAAGAUGCCACUCGGCUUCCCACUGGACCGCACCAUUGACGUGUCCAAAUUCUUCACACCUAACAUGAAGUUCGUCGAUGUCAUGAUCUUCCACAAGACUCAAGUGUGCGACAUGAGGACUCGCUGGGAGAGAUACGUGCUCAAGAACUACGACAUGUACGACAGAAUCGUCGACGACCGUUACUUAACAGACGUUGACGUUAACGUGAAGCACGACAGAGAUGUCAACAUGUUCGAUUUUUAA